AUGGCGUUCCAGUCUAUGCUUUCCGGUGCUGAAUGCUCUACUUCGAACAAUACUUUAUCUCAAUUUCUCAAACAUACACACACAGAUAGGAGCUUGCAGCAGGAUGGAAUGCAACGCCCACAGCCCAGUGGCGUGGGUGCGCAGACAUUCCGCUCGAGCACUAUGAUGGCCAACCCUCAGGAAAUGGAAGCAUUUGCCCAGCAGAACCACGCAGUGAGUGGCGUAUCCGGAUUCGAUAUGCGUUCUAUGCGUGCAGAGAUGGAUUCCAUGCGUGCAGGCGUCACCGGCCCGAAAAUGGCGCCGAUGGUGAGCGGAGGGAACGCUGCGUGGGCACAGGAGAUGCAGAUGCAAGGACCGGCGCUGGCGAGUGGACCGCAGCAGGUAGAUGGAAUUUGGAGCGACCAGUUUCAUGGCCAGCCUCACGCGCAGGCACCAAGGGUCAAUGCGCAAUCUGUACCACGUCCCAACAUGGGCCCUAACGCCAUGGGAUCUAUGGGCAUGUACGGUAUGCCUAUGGGAGGCAUGGGAAUGGGUAUGCGCUCGUCGUAUAUGCAACCACAGGCAGCACCAGAUACAGCGAGACCGCAGCCCAAGUUUGUUGAGCUCGACAACGCCCAAUGGGAAGAGCAGUUCCGCAAGCUGGAAGAAGGCGAUCAGGCGCACAGCAAAGGAAAGGCUAAAGAUACCGAGACACCCGAAGAAGUGAUAAACCAAGAGCGGGAAUUACGUGAAAUGCAAGAGCGUCUUGGCGAUACAUUCCAGGAUGCGAAUCCGCGGUUCCAGGAACUUUGGGACAUGCUCAAAGACCCGUCGCUACACAAGAACAAUGACGAGCUUGCAAAAUGGGAAGAAAAGCUUAUGGAAGCUGUUGCUGAAGAGGACCCGACCAACUUCCAGCACCCCGGUGGUGGUUUGGGCCCCGGUGCGAUGGGUCUGCACGAAAUGGACGGAUUAGGCGAAACAGAAGCGGGCUUGCGGAAAGCGUUCAACGAACAGGACGAGAAUGGUUUCCCGCGCCUGGGUGAUUACAGCUAUGCUUCAAACAAUCCCUUCAGCGAGCAUGCGACACCGUUUGCAGCAGGGCUGCGCUUGUUAGAGCAAAAUGGAAGUCUUACCGACGCUGCGCUGCUCUUUGAGGUCGCGACGCUGCGCGACCAAGAGAUUGCAAAAGACGCCGAGCUGGAGCGCACGAAUGUGGAAAAGAGUCGAGCGUGGCAGAAACUAGGCGAGUGCCAGGCGAUGAACGAACACGAGGAAAAGGCCAUACAAGCACUUGAAGAGGCACUUCGGCUUGAUUCGGAUAACUUGCAGGCGCAUAUGUCACUCGCCGUUUCCUACAUUAACGAGGGAUACGACAAUGCUGCCAAUGCGACAAUGCUGCGAUACCUGGCACGCACGCACCCACACAUUGCGCGCUCUCCAGAAUUUCCUGCACUCCCCGACGCCAACACAAAUCCUUGGUCGCGUUUGAAUUAUGUCCGCGAUCUGUUCCUCAAGGCUGCGAGGGAAAAUGCAGCGAGUGGUCAGAUGGAUCCGGACGUGCAAGUAGGCUUGGGCAUCUUGUUUUAUUCCAGCUCGAGCUACGACCAAGCGAAGGACUGCUUUGAGACAGCGCUGCAUUCGCGUCCCGAAGACUUCCAACUCUGGAACCGUUUGGGCGCCACGCUGGCCAAUGGCGGCAAGCCGGAGAUGGCAACAGAAGCGUACCACCGUGCACUCGAAUUGCGCCCCACAUUUACGCGCGCCAUUUACAAUUUGAGCGUAUCCUGCUUGAACCUCGGCGCUCACCAUCAAGCCGCAGAGCAUUUGCUUUCUGCACUCACACUCCAACGCACGCAAUCGCUUCCCGAUACAAUCGACGGUACGCGUGCGCGUCAAGCUCCGCCACUAUCGGAGGCGAAGGAAAGCGAGUCGCUGUGGAGCACUUUGCGCAGCAUCUUUGUGGUGAUGGGCAAGCCGGAGCUUGCGGCGCAGUGUCAAGUCGGCGCAGAUAUGAACCAAUUCCGUCGAGAGGGAUUCGAGUUCUAA